UCUUAUGGGCCUAAAGGCAACAUGUCAACUUGCCAAUUUCGAAUCAGAACUACAAGCUCCAAAGCAUUGACCAAGAUUAACUAUCUGGCAAAAGAAUUUAAGUAACCAACAAAUUUCCAGAUUCUUUAAGAAUAAAUAAUCCCACUUGUUGACUUUUAUAAAAUGAGCAAUUAAGAAAGUUAGUACUUGUGCAGUUGAGUUUUAACAUCUAAUUGGUUGGUCUUUGAUAUCUUCAAGCAUGAAGGUCUCAAGCAGCAAUAGUUUCUUGAUCAUUCUUUUAAUUGCAGUUUCCGUUGCGGUAGGAAUCAAUGCAGCACCACAGAGUUUGACCUGUAGCACGAGAAAAAGCCCGUGCUUUCUUAAGAAGAUUACUUGCCCAUACGAAUGCCCAACGACAACACCAAGUGAUCCUAAGGCGAAAGUUUGCUAUAUCAAUUGUAAUUCUCCCAUAUGCAAGGCUGAGUGCAGAAAUCGUAAACCAAACUGCAAUAGCCCUGGAGCAGCCUGCUUGGACCCCCGCUUCAUUGGUGGAGACGGAAUUGUGUUCUAUUUCCAUGGAAAGAGAGAUGAGCAUUUCAGCUUAGUAUCCGAUUUUAACCUUCAAAUCAAUGCUCGUUUCACUGGCCUCAGGCCAGCAGGCAGAAGUAGGGACUAUACUUGGAUUCAAGCCCUUGGUUUCCUCUUUGAUUCCCACACCUUCUCUCUCGAGGCUACUCAAGCAGCCACAUGGAAUGAUGACGUUGACCAUCUGAUAUUCACUUACAAUGGAAAAGAAUUUGUCAUACUUGAAGGCCAUCUCUCUUCUUGGGAAUCUCAAGAAGGCAACCUGAGAGUUGAGAGAACUUCAAACAAGAACAGCGUCUUGAUCACUCUCCCGGAAGUUGCUGAAAUUUCAGUUAAUGUGGUACCUGUGACAAAGGAAGAUGAUAGAAUUCAUAACUACCAGAUACCUUCUGAUAAUUGUUUUGCUCACUUGGAGAUACAAUUCAGAUUCAGUGGCCUAUCCUCAAAAGUUGAAGGAGUACUUGGCAGGACUUACCGGCCAGAUUUCCAGAAUCCUGCAAAGCCAGGAGUGGCAAUGCCGGUUGCGGGAGGUGAAGACAAGUACAGAACUUCAUCACUUCUCUCUUCAAAUUGUAAUUCUUGCCUCUUCAACCCAGCUGGAGCUUUUGACCAAAAGAAUGCAUUGCUGAUGGAUUACAGCACACUGGAUUGUACUGGUAGUGCCACCAGUGGAAAUGGAAUAGUUUGCAGGAAAUGAGAAUGAGAACUGUAAAAUGCUUACAGAACAAUUCAAUCUACUGUUCCUAAAAAAUAUUUGAAGAUUGGCCAAUAGAAACGAAAUGGACUUUGCUCUGUUAUGAAUAAUAGUAUUUUGUUGUUCAACUUUCGUUAACUUUUAUAUCUGUAAUUGAAAUUUUCAUUGCUUAAACG